CGUGCUCUGCCGCUCAACUGGCAGGCACCACCAGCUCCCGCGCGCGCGUGCAGAAAAGGAGUCGCUAGCUUUGGAGCUUUCCCACCAGGGCCAAGCUAAGCUAGUAGCUCUAUAAAUCCAGCACCUCUCGCACCGAGCCUAGCUGCAACCUGACUCCGAUACACUGCGAGCUAGGGCGCACCGAGAAAUCGAUCCGGUUGUCCUGUUGUUAGGCGAGCGAGAACAGUUUACGAUUCACACACUAGUCCAGGUAAGAAUAUACUGGUAGGAUUUAGGAUCGAUAUGGCAAGCGUGGCCAUACGGGAAUGCCCAGCCGUGCUCCGGCCGAAUUGGUGUAUCUGGUUUCUCGAUCGGUAUGGAGUUGAGCAACAAAGACGUCCAAAUCCAAAUGGGCAGCCAGCUAGGCGAGCAGUCGUCCAGAGAAGGUCUCCCGUCGCUGCUCAUCCAGGUUCCAUCGCGGACUAUCGCCGGCUUCGACUGCGUCGGCCGGGACGCCGUCUCCCCCGCCGCCCUGAACGAGCGGAACAACAAGGACACUGUCAUUAGCAUCCAGGCGCCGGCGACCCCACCAGCAGCUGCCCCUGUGCGCGCGUACGACGACACGCAGAUACCCUACUCCCUUUCCCUCAGCAUGCCGGCGUCGCCGUCGGGGCUCCACUUCUCGCAGUUCAGGGCGGCGUCCGUGCGCCGCAACGAGGCGCGCGCGGCGGUGGCGCCCUCCGACGCCAAGCAGGCGGAGGCGCAAUCUCCGCGGCUGCUGCAGCAGACGCGGUUCCACUCGCAGCCGAUCCUCCACGCGUCCCAGAUCAACGACGGGACGCGGAGGGCCGACAGCACGCGCGACAAGCGGUUCGAUCCGUUCAAGACCUUCUCCGGCCGCCUCGAGCGGCAGCUCUCCAACCUGCGCGGCCGGCCGCUGGACCCCAUGGACCUCGGCUCCCACCAUUCCAAGAUCUCCGAGGAGACCGACCAGGUUCCCGGCACCGACCGCUACUUCGACGCCCUGGAAGGCCCCGAGCUCGACACCCUCAGGGCCACGGAGGUACCGGUGCUGCCCAACGACGAGAAGUGGCCGUUCCUGCUGCGGUUCCCGAUCAGCGCCUUCGGGAUGGUCCUCGGCGUGAGCAGCCAGGCGAUUCUGUGGAAGACGCUGGCGUCGGCGCCGCCGACGGCGUUCCUGCACGUGAGCCUCGUGGUGGCCCACGCGCUGUGGUACAUCUCGCUGGCGCUGAUGGGCCUCGUGUCCUGCAUCUACCUGCUCAAGAUCGUCUUCUACUUCGAGGCGGUCCGGCGCGAGUUCUACCACCCUAUACGCGCCAACUUCUUCUUCGCGCCGUGGAUCGCCUGCCUCUUCCUGGUGCAGGGCGCCCCGCGGGAGCUGGCCGAGGUGCACCACGGCGUCUGGUACAUGCUCAUGGUGCCCAUCUUCUGCCUCGAGCUCAAGAUCUACGGCCAGUGGAUGUCCGGUGGCCAGCGUCGGCUGUCCAAGGUGGCCAACCCGUCCAACCACCUCUCCAUCGUCGGCAACUUUGUCGGCGCGCUGCUGGGGGCCAAAAUGGGCAUCCGCGAGGGCCCCAUCUUCUUCUUCGCCAUCGGGCUUGCGCACUACAUUGUCCUGUUCGUCACCCUCUACCAGCGGCUCCCCACCAACGUCACGCUUCCCAAGGAGCUCCACCCGGUCUUCUUCCUCUUCGUUGCGGCGCCCAGUGUCGCCUCCAUGGCCUGGGCCAAGAUCAACGGCGAGUUCGACAACGGCGCCCGGAUAGCCUACUUCAUUGCGCUCUUCCUGUACAUGUCACUGGCCGUGCGGAUCAACUUCUUCAGAGGGUUCCGGUUCUCGCUGGCGUGGUGGGCGUACACGUUCCCGAUGACCGGCGCCUCGAUCGCGACCAUAACGUACGCGACGGAGGUGACCAACGUGCUGACGCGGACGCUGUCGAUCGGCCUCUCGGGCAUUGCCACCGUCACGGUAGCCGGCCUGCUGGUGACCACCAUGUUCCACGCCUUCGUGCUCAGGGACCUCUUCCCCAAUGACGUCUCCAUCGCCAUCACCCGGAGGAAGCCCAAGUUCAGCAAGAUCCUUGCGCACUUCCGCUCCUCCAGCUCCGACAUGAAGGAGCUCGUGCUCUCCGUCUCCAAGUCGCCCAACACCGACUCCGAUUCCUCGCUCACAGACACCGAUCCGUCCGUCACCAAAGGCAAAGCCGAGCCGUAGAGCCACACCCCGCGCGCUCUCUCGCGCAUACCUAGCUGUACAUAAUUCUUUUCAGUCUCUUGGACAAGAUGAGCUUAAGAGCAGAAUGGAAGCAUGCAGCUGGUCGGCGUGAGUGCACAUACUGCCGUGGAAAGCAUGGAUAUAUCCUUGGAGCAAUUUUUGUGGUGAUGAGGGUAUAAUGUGAGGCACGUAGGUCGAUCCAUCUGUGUAUAGGUCUACGGACAUGUAUAACAGAAAUAAACCAACAAACAUUGUCUGGA